AUGGGCGAACACGAACCUAUUGUGUCGCACGGCCGUGGAGGCCAAGGAAACAUCGGCGCUGACUCCACCGAAUACGUCGACGGCGGCAUAGUCCGUGAAGGAGUCUACGGUGACCAAGGCGACGGCGCCUACUCAGCCGGCAGAGGCGGCGCCGGUAACAUCGGCUCCCCGCACGUGCGCCCAACAUCCAAGAUCCCACACGACGCGGAGAUAGUCCCCGAAUUGGCGAUUCGGCAGUCUGUCGAUGGGGAUUAUCAUACUGGGCGCGGCGGCCAAGGUAACGUGCACCUCGACGAAGAACAUAGGAAGGAAAAGGAGGAGAAGAAGCAUAAGGGGCCUGCGCAUGAGGGGUUGGCGGAUAAGUUGAAGCAUAAGUUGUUUGGGAGGAAGUAG